CUGACACACGCGUGAGAGUGCGGUCGUGCGCAUGCGCACUGCCCUGCUGGUGGCAGAAGGAAGAUGGCGGCGUCCUGGGUUUCUCACUGAGGGAAGCGCGUUCGGCCAGUUUGGGCUUCAAUUCUGGAUCAUUGAUUUAAAUCAGACUCGAAUAGAGGAGGGCGGAGGGCAGAGGGACGGAACCGAGCCGCUUCUGACACCAGAUCCAGGCGCUGUCUGAAGAUGAACGUCCUCAAAGACAACCGAGACUUGGCCUGUUUCUACACAACCAAACACUCCUGGAGGGGCAAGUACAAGCGUGUGUUCUCCGUCGGGACUCAUGGCAUCACCACAUACAAUCCCACCACCCUAGAGGUUACAAACCAGUGGCCGUAUGGGGACAUCUGUGGCCUCGCUCCGGCUGGUAAAGGUCAGGGUUCAGAGUUUAAUCUCACCUUCCGGAAGGGCAGCGGGAAGAAGUCGGAGACGCUGAAGUUCUCCACCGAACACCGGACCGAGCUCCUGACCGAAGCCCUGCGGUUCCGGACGGACUUCUCGGAGGGAAAGAUCACGGGGAGACGCUACAACUGCUUCAAGCACCACUGGAGCGACACGAGGAAGAGUGUGUGUCUGGAAGUGACUCCGGGCGGCAUCGAUCAGAUCGACCCGCAGACCAACCGUGUGCUGUGCUCGUACGACUACCGCUGUGUGGAGGGCUUCGUGGAGGUGUCCGACUACCAGGGCGGAUUCUGUGUGCUGUACGGGGGCUUCGGCAGGCUGCACUUGUUUGCGUCGGAGCACCGAGAUGACAUCAUCCGCAGUGCGAUCGAGCACGCCGGCAGCUUCAUCGGCCUCACGCUGCGCCUGCGGAAGGAGCCGCUGCUGUUCGAGAGCUUCGUGUCCGAGCGCCUGGGCAAGUACAGCGCAGACGAGUGCAUCACCUCGCUCACGGAGUUUAUCGUGCAGAAGCUCACGCCACGGCACGGGGAGCCGGUGAAGAGGAUCCUGGCCCUCACUGAGACGUGUCUGGUGGAGAGAGACCCCGCGUCCUACAACAUCGUCACCGUUAAACCCUUCGGAGAGGUCUUUGCUCUGAUCUGUGAUGCAGAGAAUCCUCAAGUCUUCAGCAUGGAGUUCAUCCGCGGUCAGAUCCGGAAGUACUGCUCCACUGACAGGGACUCUCUGCUGGCGAGUCUGCUGGACAGUGUGCGUGCGUCUGGGAACAGGGAUGUGUGUGUGAAGAUGGCGAGCUCGCGUCGGGGUCAGCGCUGGGGUCUGACCAGCACUCCUGUGGACGAGGAAGUGGAGAGUCUUCACCUCAGAUUCCUCGCCGCGCCACCCAAUGGCAAUUUUGCAGAUGCCGUGUUCAGAUUCAACGCCAACAUCUCGUACAGUGGUGUGUUGCAUGCCGUCACUCAGGACGGUCUUUUCUCCGAGAAUAAAGAGAAGCUGAUCAGCAACGCAGUUCUGGCUCUGCUGUCUCAGGACGUGGAUCUGCCCGGGCCGAACGUGGAGCUGGAGGCUCAGUUUCAGGCCAUCAGGAGACUCGUGGCGUCCAAAGCCGGUUUCCAGGCCUUCACACAGCUCCCGAAGUUCAGAGAGAAGUUGGGAGUAAAAACUGUAAAAGCUCUGAAGAGGAACAACAACGGUGUAACGCACGCAGCCAUAGACAUGCUCUGUGCUCUUAUGUGUCCGAUGCACGAUGAUUACGACCUGCGGCAGGAGCAGCUGAAUAAGGCCUCUCUGCUCUCCUCAAAGAAGUUCCUGGAAAACCUGCUGGAGAAGUUCAUCAGCAAUGUGGAUCAGGGCACCGGGGCGUUAGUGAUCAGCUCUCUGCUGGAUUUCCUGACCUUUGCCCUCUGCGCACCGUACAGCGAGACCACGGAGGGCCAGCAGUUUGACAUGUUGCUGGAGAUGGCGGCGUCACACGGGCGCACGCUCUUCAAGCUCUUCCAGCAUCCCUCCAUGGCCAUCGUGAAAGGAGCCGGUCUGAUCAUGAAGGCCAUCAUUGAGGAAGGAGAUAAGGAGAUUGCCACUAAGAUGCAGGAUCUGGCCCUGAGCGAAGGAGCUUUACCCAGACACCUCCACACCUCCAUGUUCACCGUCAGUGCUGACCAGCGGAUGCUCACCAACAGACAGCUGAGUCGACAUCUGGUGGGCUUGUGGACAGCAGAAAACCCCAUUGCCUUGAACCUCCUGAAGAGGAUUCUGCCCACGGGCCUGCUGGCGUAUCUGGACAGCCCCGACCCCGUGCCGGAGAAGGACGUCGACAGGAUGCACAUACGGGACAAUGUCAAGAUUGCCACGGACCAGUUCGGGAGGAACAAGGUGCCCGAGUGGCAGCGGCUGGCAGGUAAGGCGGCGAAAGAGGUGGAGAAGUUCGCCAAGGAGAAGGCGGACCUCGUGCUGGUGCACUGGAGAGACAAGAUGGGCAUCGCUCAGAAGGAGCAGGACAGGAAUAACCUGAACGCCAACCAGAAGCCGGUGAUCCUGAGGAAGAGACGGCAGCGGAUCAAGAUCGAGUCCAACUGGGAGCUGUUCUACUACAGGUUUCAGCAGGAUCACGCGCGCUCAAACCUCAUCUGGAACCUGAAGACGCGCGAGGAGCUGCGUGACGCGCUGGAGGGGGAGAUGCGCUCCUUCAGUGUGGACCGCGAGCUGGGCAGCGCCAGCGUCAUCGCCUGGAACCACCAGGAGUUCGAGGUGAAGUACGAGUGCCUGUCUGACGAGAUCCGGAUCGGGGAUUAUUACCUGCGUCUGCUGCUGGAGGAGGACGAGAGCGACGAGUCCGGCGCCAUCAAGAGAUCGUAUGAGUUCUUCAACGAGCUGUACCACCGGUUCCUGCUGACCCCUAAAGUGGGCAUGAAGUGUCUGUGUCUGCAGGCGCUCGCCAUCGUCUACAGCAAGUGCUCCGAGGAGAUCGGGCCCUUCACAGACACCAAGUACAUCGUGGGCAUGCUGGACCGGUGUACAGACAAGCUGGAGAGAGACAGACUCAUCCUGUUCCUCAACAAACUCAUUCUCAACAAGAAAAAUGUGAAGGAUAUCAUGGACUCGAACGGAGUUCGUAUAUUAGUGGACCUGCUGACGCUCGCUCACCUCCACACCAACAGAGCCACCGUACCCCUGCAGAGUAACGUGCUGGAGGCUUCUCCGGAUAUGAAGCGAGAGAGUGAGAAGGAGUGGUACUUCGGGAACGCAGAUAAGGAGAGGAGAGGCCCGUUCAGCUACGAGGAGAUGCAGGCGUUCUGGCGCACGGGCGAGCUGACGGCGAAGACCCGCUGCUGGGCGCAGGGCAUGGAGGGGUGGCGCCCCCUACAGGCCGUCCCGCAGCUGAAGUGGAGCCUGAUGGCCACGGGGACGCCCGUGAUGAACGAGAGCGACCUGGCCACUCUCAUACUCAACAUGCUCAUCACCAUGUGCUCGUACUUCCCCAGCAGAGACCAGGAUAAUGCCAUCAUCCGGCCCUUACCGAAGGUGAAGAGACUCAUCAGUGACAACACCUGCCUUCCUCACAUUGUCCAGCUGCUCUUGACCUUUGACCCCAUCCUGGUGGAGAAAGUGGCCAACCUGCUGUACAUGGUGAUGCAGGACAACCCCAACCUGCAGCGGCUCUACCUCACCGGGGUCUUCUUCUUCAUCAUGAUGUACACCGGCUCCAACGUGCUGCCCGUCGCCCGGUUCCUGAAGUACACUCACCUGAAGCAGGCCUUUAAAUCAGAGGAGGCGAAGGGCAUGGAGCUGCUGCAGAGGAGUGUGCUGGGCCCGAUGCUGCCCGAGGCCAUGGUGUGUUACCUGGAGAACUACGAGCCCGAGCGCUUCUCCGAGAUCUUCCUGGGGGAGUUCGACACGCCGGAGGCCAUCUGGAGCAGCGAGAUGAGGCGUCUGAUGAUCGAGAAGAUCGCGGCUCACCUGGCAGACUUCUCUCCUCGCCUGCAGAGCAACACGCGAGCGCUGUACCAGUACUGCCCGAUCCCAGUGGUCAGCUUCCCCCAGCUGGACUACGAGCUCUUCUGCAGCAUCUACUACCUGAGGCACCUGUGCGACUCCACACGCUUCCCCAACUGGCCCAUCCGAGACCCUGUCAAGCUGCUGAAGGACACGCUGGACGCCUGGAAGAGAGAGGUGGAGAAGAAGCCUCCCUCCAUGUCUGUGGACGACGCCUACGAAGUGCUCAACCUCCCCAACGGACAGGGACAGCAUGACGAGAGUAAAAUAAGGAAAGCUUACUUCAGAUUGGCUCAAAAAUACCAUCCAGACAAGAACCCCGAGGGCAGGGACAUGUUUGAGAAGGUGAACAAAGCCUACGAGUUCUUGUGCAGUAAAUCAGCCCGGAUCGUGGACGGCCCCGACCCAGAAAACAUCAUCCUGAUCCUGAAGGCCCAGAGUAUCCUGUUCAACAGACACAAACAGGAAUUGGAGCCGUAUAAAUAUGCCGGCUACCCCAUGCUAAUUAAGACCAUCACCAUGGAGACGGGUGACGAGCAGCUCUUCUCCAAAACCGCUCCGCUGUUGCCGGCAGCCGCUGAACUGGCCUUCCAUACGGUGAACUGUUCAGCCCUCAACGCCGAGGAGCUGCGGCGGGAGAAUGGCAUUGAGAUACUGAUGGAGGCUCUGUCUCGCUGCGUGGCUGUGCUCACGGCCUCCAGCAAACCUGAGGACAUGGCAGUACAGGUGUGCGGGCACGUCUGUCGGUGCUAUAGCGUCGCUGCUCAGUUCGAGGAGUGCAGGGAGAAAAUUGUUGAGCUUCCCAACAUUAUCAGAGAUGUCUGUCACAUUCUCUAUUACAGCAAGGGUCUUCCCCGUCUGGCGUCGGUGGCGGUUCAGUGUGUGAGCUCGUUCGCCGUGGACUUCUUCCUGCAGACGCACCUGUACCAGGCCGGCGUCCUCUGGCACCUGCUAGCGAACCUGUUCUGCUACGACUUCACGCUGGAGGAGAGCGGCGUCCAGGCCAGCCAGGAGAGCAACCAGCAGGAGGUGGCCAACCAACUGGCCAAGCUGAGCCUGCUGGCCCUGGGCCGUCUGGCGGGGUACAGCUCUGCCCGGGAACCAGAGGACGGGCCUGUCGGAGAACCCAACGGAGCCGCCCACCCGCCGGAGAACCCUGCCAUCCGCAAGAGCCUGGCCGCCAUGCUCACGCCGUACAUCUCUCGCAAACUGGGCGGCAACUCCCCGGCCGAGGUUCUGAAGUUGUUGAAUAGCAACUCGGAGAACCCGUAUCUGAUCUGGAACAACGGGACGCGAGCCGAGCUGAUGGAGUUCCUGGAGGAGCAGCAGGAGAGCAACAUCAAGAGAGGCGAGUGUGAUAAGAACUUCGGAUCAGAGUUCUUGUUCACUGAACACGGGAAGGAGCUGAUCGUGGGAGAGAUCUUCAUCCGGGUCUAUAACGAGCAGCCUACGUUUCCCCUGGAGUAUCCAAAGGCGCUGGCGUCGAGUCUGCUGGAUUACGUGGGCUCUCAGGCGCAGUACCUGCACACACUCCUGGCCAUGACCCAGGCCAGUAAAGUGGAGUCGCAGCAUCACGCUCAGAGACUGCGCUGGGCCGAGAUGGCUCUCGAAGCGCUCCGUAACGUCAUCAGGAACAACACAGGCUCUGAGACCGAGUGCAUCGGACACUUCAAGCUGCUCUUCUCUCUGCUGAGGGUUCACGGCGCCGGGAAGGUCCAACAGCUCGCUCUGGAGGUGGUGAACACUGUCACGUCAAACCAGGACUGUGUCAUCAACAUCGCAGAAUCACUGGUUCUUCCCAAUCUGCUGGUGCUGCUGCACUCCUUACCCUCCAGCCGACAGCUGGUCCUGGAGACGCUCUACGCUCUGACCUCCAACACUAAGAUCAUCACAGAGGCCAUGAACAAAGGUGCGCUGAUCUACCUGUUAGAUCUGUUCUGUAACUCCACCCACCCUCAGGUACGCACACAGACUGCAGAGCUCUUCUCCAAAAUGACCUCAGACAAGCUGGUGGGACCCAAGGUGCGUCUGACCCUGGUGCGCUUCUUGCCGGCCGUGUUCAUGGACGCCAUGCGGGACAAUCCCGAGGCGGCUGUGCACAUAUUCGAGGGAACGCACGAGAACCCGGAGCUCAUCUGGAACGACAGCUCGAGAGAGACUGUCUCCACCACCGUCCGAGAGAUGAUGCUGGAGCAUUUUAAGCAGCAGAAAGACAAUCCUGAUGUCAACUGGAAGCUGCCGGAGGAGUUCUCUGUGGCGUACGGAGCGGGACAGGGAGAGCUGGAGGUCGGAGGAGUGUUUCUGCGCAUCUUCAUUGCUCAGCCUGGAUGGGUUCUGCGGAAGCCCAGAGAGUUCCUGGUGUCGUUGAUGGACACUCUGACGGCCCUGCUGGAGAAGAACAACCCCAGUGGCGAGGCACUGGAGACGGUCACCACCGCAGCAGUGUGUCUCUUCAGCACACACACUCAGUUAGCGGAUCAGGUGCCUCCUCUCGGGCAUCUCCCGCGGGUGCUGACGGCGCUCGCCCACAAGAACAACGCUGUGCCCAAGAGUGCCAUCAGACUCAUACACGUGCUAUCAGACAAUGAGUUGUGUGUGCGCUCCAUGGCGGCUCUGGAGGCCAUCGGGCCGCUGAUGACGGGGAUGAAGCUCAGGGCUGAUAUGGCAGGACUGGCCUGUGAGGCUCUGAACCGCAUGUUCCAGCGAGAACAGAACGAGCUUGUGUCUCAGGCUCUUAGAGUGGACCUGGUGCCGUAUCUUCUCAAGCUGUUGGAGGGCAUCGGGUUGGAGACUCUUGAAAACCCUUCUGCAACCAAAGCUCAGAUCGUCAAAGCGCUGAAGUCCAUGACCCGCAGCCUGCAGUUCGGAGAGCAGGUCAAUGAAAUCCUGUCUCGUUCCACUGUGUGGAGUGCCUUCAAAGACCAGAAACACGACCUCUUCAUCUCCGAGUCCCAGACUGCAGGUUAUCUGACGGGUCCUGGAGUGGCAGGCUAUCUGACAGCAGGCACCGGCUCUCCGGUCAUCCCCAGCGUCCCACCGCCCGUAGACAACGACAUCGGAGACCUGGGCUGAAUCAGACUGACAGGAUCAGACGAAGCCGGACCUGGAGACGGAGACGGACAUCUGUCUGGAGCAGCUCCUGAUCCUGGAGGACAGCUGAUGGACAGAGAGAGGGAACGGAGGGCUGGUCGUCUCCUCUCUCACAACACUCAUGCUCUUUAGUGAUUCCUUCAUUUUAAUACAUCAACUCUUCUUCCUCUUUCUUUUUAUAUUCAGUUGCGUCUCGUAAAUCUUUUCUUUCCAUGGAGAGCAGAAUAGUUUACUUUUGUAUCGAGAUAUUUUUAUGCCUUUGUUUAUUUUCUUCAUUUUGAGUGAGCCGAUGAAUGGAUCUGAUACGGCGUGGUCUUCGUCUUCCCGCGUCUCGCGUUCAGCCCGUGUCUCAGCCGAAGUCUGUCCUCAUCCCAAUCCCAAUCCUCUGUUUGUUAACAUGCAGCCUUGCCGUCGAGAAGGAUCCUGUGAAACUGGUCAUGAUGUGAGGAGCGCACUGUCCUGUUCCCCGCCUCUCUUCCCUCCUUCCCCAGAAAGCACUCGAAUAUUUAUACCUAUGAUCAAGACCAACUGAAUCAGCAGGACAAAGAACAAAUUGUACUGACUCUUGAUUACAAAUGUAUGUGAACGACUUGUGCAAUUGUGAAAUGGUAAAUGUAAUAUGCGUACAUAAACUUUCUAUAUUGAAUGUACAUUAAUAAAAAAAAUAAUCAGUUGCACUUGUACAUAAAAUUUUAAGAAUAAAAGGGAAUCCACAUCUG